AUGUCGUCGACAAUUUCAUUAUUUCUCAAUCUUUCUCAACAAGUUGUUAUUUAUAUGAAUAUUCCAGUUUUAAUUGUUGGUGUUAUUGGCGGAAUAUUUAAUCUCAUAGUAUUUCUUAGUUUUAAAACAUUUCGACAAAAUUCAUGUUCAUUCUAUUUAAUGAUUAUGUCAUGGGUUAAUAUUGGUCAAUUACUUAGUGGUAAUUUUACACGAAUAAUGGGUGGUGGAUAUAAUAUUGAUUGGACACAAAAUUCAUUAUUUUAUUGCAAAAUUCGAUGGUAUUUUAUUCAAUUAUUUAUAUUAACAUCAUAUGCAUGUCUAUGUUUUGCAACAAUCGAUCAAUAUUUAGCAACAUCAUCACGUUAUCGAUGGCAACAAUGGAGUAAUAUUAAAUUAGCAUAUUAUCUUUGUUCAGCAUCUUUUAUUUUUGCAAUGUUACAUGGAAUUCCUUCAAUUAUUUUUUAUAAUUAUGGCUAUUCAAUUGUCACAGGUCAACGUGUUUGUACGAUUACUAAUAGCAACUAUCAACAGUACAAAACAUAUGGUUAUUUUUUAAUCCUAACAGGUUUUUUACCAAUUUUGAUUACUGUUCUUUUUGGAUCAUUGGCAUAUAGAAAUGUUCAACAAAUAGCUUAUCGCACAGUUCCACUUGUUCGACGUGAAUUAGAUAAACAAUUAACAACUAUGGUUCUUGUACAAGUUGUAUAUAGUUUGAUUGUCAUUAUGCCUUAUACUAUAUGUUUAUCAGUAACAACUAUGCUAAAUCUAAGAAAUGAUCCAGUUAUUGUUGCUAAAUUACAAUUUAUUGAAGCUUUGGCUGGAGCUUUUUAUUAUUCAUAUUUUGCAGCUCCAUUCUAUAUCUAUAUUUGUGUAUCAAAACGAUUCCGACAACAAUUAGCUUAUGUACUUAGUCCUAUUUUUAUUAGUUGUUCUAGACGUCAGCCAAUUAUUAGUAAUAAUCAAGUAGUACCAGAAAUUAAUGGAAAUUCAUUUCAAAAUUAG